AGAAACCUGUGGCGGCGGAUGGAUCAAGCGGAGAUUCGCCGUUAAUUAGCCGUCCGACGCUUGUAUAUAUCCUCGGUCUGCGCUUCGAGAGGAUCGGAACCGAUAGAUUCGGGUUACCCACUGCUCUGCUGGGAGAUGUGCUGAUUAGCCGCGAUUUACUUACAUGUGGCUCGAUAUUAUGGGAAAUUUAUCGAAGAUUAUGCAUUGCAGAAUUAAAAAUGAAGAUCUUUUGAAUUUUCGCAAAAAAAGAUCGUAAAAAUAAUUCUUCUACCUUCGGACGUAUUGAGCUAUUCUUCAGAAUAGCAAUCCUUUCGCGUCGCUAAAUAAAUUAAUUUAACGGCAAUAUCCUCGAGGCGUCAUCAUUAUUUAUAUGCAGUCCACGUGUAAGUCAAUACCCGAGGAAUUUCUCAACUCUCCAGAGAGGAACACUUUCUUUUUUUAUAAAACAUGUUUAGGAUACUUUUAAAGCCGUGUGCCUCGUCCGCGGUUUUAUGAAUGAAAUGACUGAUUUACGACGCUGUGCCGAGAAGGAGCAUCGAGAGAUGGCACUAUCGUGGCAAUUACUUUACUAUAUAUAUAUAUAAUAAUGAUAAAAGAAUUGUUAAUCGAGGAUCGGAAGGUCUGAGAACGCGACGUUUACGGUUUAUUAAAGUGUCAAUUAUAUGCGCGAGUGAAAACAAUGUGAAGCUGAAGUGCUUUCCGUGUGAACCUUUGGAAGUUAUUGUUAUUAUAAAGUAAAAAUAUCAAAUUAUGAAGUAACACACCGCACAGCAGUAGCCAAUAAUUAUACAAUCAUCAAAUUUCGAAGAAAAAAGUAUCUUCGUGUUUCUCAUUUAAUUUAAUUAGUAAAAAAAGACGAUCAUCAAGUACCGCGAGGCUAAGAAUCAUAAUUGCGCAAAAUAAGACACCCGCGGUCUAUUAGGAAAAGCCACUUGACCUUUGAUACCCGGUAUGUGCGUCGUACACACACAACUAAUGUAAUUUAUCUGAUUCGGGCUCAUCAUUUCUGUGUAAACAGCGGAGGACGUCGAUUUUUUGAGCCGCCUAUAUUGAAAACGUGACAAACGCAUUAUGCACUCGUUGCUAUCACUCGAAAAUCUCCUCCACCUCGAGUGUGCGCGCUGUAUAAUAGAAAGUGCAAAAAUUCUUCAUUGAUUUAUUAAUACUGAAUCACCGCAGCUCAUUACAACCAUCCGCGAGCCCUUAACGUACCUCGUAACAAUUAACCAGAAAUAUAAAAAAAAAAAAAUCGAGAAAAUCGACAAUAAUUAAUCCGGGCGCAUCCCAAUCACGAAAAGCGUAUUAGAUUUCCAUCGGUUCUCUCUUCACAGCUACGUAUAGUAGAAACGUCGCGAGACAUGCAAUGGAAUCUUCUUCGGUUACCUCCACACGUGAUGCUCUGCACCGGCGAUUAUUAGCAUAGCGGCGGCUGACGAGAUCCGAAUCUAUUCGAAUCCGAGAACGAGCGCGCAUAAAUCGGUUUCGUGAACGGGAGACGCGCUCGGGCAUGAAAAAAGAUGAAUUUGAAGAAAUUACGUUGCACAAGGGAAAGCCGCAUGGGGGCCUUUAUGCUCUCUCGCGCGACUGUAAUCUGGUUUAGAUUCGCUAGAUCGGUAUUAUAUGGAAUAAUGGUGUAAUGAUACGUACGUCGUAUCGAUGAUUCGAAUCGUGCGCGGAACGUUUCUAGAUGCAGUGAUUUCGUCGUUGGUUACGUACGUUAUAUCUCGACUCGGUUGUAAAAGUCUUCGCGAAACAGAGACAUUACUACACGCACGUGAAAAACAUUCCGCCUUUGGAUUUACAAUCGCAAUGUUUCAUCGUGUGUAUAGUAUAUGCCUGCGGAGUAUAUCUCGAGGGUAAAAUCGCGCAAAAGCGGGCUGUUAAACUCGAAGCUCCGAAAAUUGCAUCCGCAAUCGUGGGAACGAACUCUCUACGCACGCGUGUAACAGCGCCGCGAGAUAACAAUUAUAAUGUACACUCGCUGCGGCGAUUAAAAAAACACGCGUAUACAAAUUUGGCUCUACCAAUCAGUACUUGUAAUGCACGUUAUACAGGAACUUGAAAACAAUUAGACCUACCUCACAAUACACAUCCGCGGAAAAUGCCAGAAAGCGUCGCUUUCUCCUCGUCUGUUGAAAAUCGCAAUUACGCAUACAUCAGCGUAAGUUCCAGCUUCCAUCGGAGCAGACCGGUCCACACCCACGACUCUCAGCCCUUCGCGAGAAAAAUUUUACGUAAGCCCGCAACUCUAUACUUUACAUACAUCUCAAUCUGACAUGUUAACGACGAGCCUCUCUCGCGUCGUCCUAUAUGUAUAUCAUCCCGCCGAAUACGGAUGUACGCGAGACGAUCUCUCGCGCACAAUUGCACGUCUGUCGGCUCGUAAGACGUGUCCGCCGGAGAAGACGUUCGCCGUUAUAUUACACACCGAACGCGCGAGGUUUACUCGAUGCUUUUCCAUUAAGCGCCGCUUCUAUAUGUAUAGGUAGAACAAUGUAACGCGAGCUCGAGUUUCAGCGGAAUGCCGUGUAUAUGCUAUUCUUUUCGGUUGCGGCCGAGAAAGAGAGGCGAGCUUUACGAGGCUGUCAAUGAGACGCGCGGUAAAGGCUUGUUAUUGGCGUUGUUUAUUCCCGGAUUUAUGGAUUCCGUUACGCCGCGAUUUUUACGACGGCGAAGCGAGAUUUUCGAUGCAUAGGAGCGAAAUGUGAGGAAACUCAGCAUAGCUGGUGGCGCAAGAUUCGAUUUUUAUUAUUUAUUUAUUAUUCGCGUCGCGGCGAGGAAGACGCAAAGUCCUCGUACAAGACGUCACAGGUGUACACGCGUGGGUGUAAGCGAUAAAAAGCGAAGAGACGUACGAGGAAUGCGUGUACACACGCGGAGAAGAUUCGCAAAAACUGCGCAGAAAGAGAAAGUCAACGCGCGGCGCCUUUGAUUUUGCCAGCGCGUCGUCGUCUUCGGGUUCGAAGAUGCGAAAAGCCCAACAUCCUAAACAUAACUUUCAUCAUAGACCGUCCCAUAAGCAUCACACGACGGCUCAAUCGCACAUCUAUCUCCGGAUCGACCUUGCACCCGGCGCAUCCAUCCCACCCAAUCAUCGACGCUUCUCUUGUAAAAGAAAAAAAUUUCUCUCCCGACUAUACGCGGUCCCGUCAAAAGCAGAAGCAUCAGAGAAGAAGCGACGCCUCUCGUGAGAAAACGUACACACAUAGACACUCUGGGGAAAUAGGCCCCACCUCGCAGGAUCGUGAUCCUCCGGUUUGUGCAGCCGUAUAUACUGUACAGCCGCGAAGAGAGAGUAAGAGAGGGACACACAGAAACUGAGAGAGCGAAAGGUAAAAGCGAGGAGCAGCCGCCGCGGAAGGCACAGACAGCAUCAUGCGCUCGGUAACAAUAGCAGUGUUGCUAGCCACGGCGGCAUUCGCGACGGCCCUGAACCCGCUGGACCUGGUGGAGGACCUCGUGGCCUCGCCCUCGUCCCCGGAAUCGGCGUCUCUGCCACCGCCGCCGGUGAAGCUCGACAAGAAUCUCCGCCGAGCUUUGCUGAAAGCUCUGGUCGACCUCGAGGCCGAAUCAGCCGAGCAGCAGACCGAUCAACCGGUCAACGACGAGGAGAGAUCGACCGAGAGCGUCAACAUCGACGAGAACAAGUACGACUUCCUCGAGAUAUCGAGACAGAAGAGCUCGAGCUUCUCGUUCGACGGCUUCCCCAGCGAGGACGAGACGCCCAGCGAGGACAAGCUCCAGAACUCGAGCUUCGUCGAGAGCGACAAGUACGCCCAGUCCGACGCACCCGAGCAGCCCACCGGAGAGCAGCAACCGCCCAAGGACUACACCAAGGGUGUCCAGGUCCACCACGUCGUGCCCUCGGAGAAGGCCUCGGCGAUCUACGAGACCAAGCCCGGUGAGCUCCUGGAGACAGUGGAAUCCCGCAGCAUCGGCUCGACCUCGUCGCCAGCCUCCUCCUCGGCCUCCUCCGACCUCAAUCUGAUCCAGAAGAGCGUGACCUUCGCCCCGAUCACGGAGACCCUGUCCGUCAGUGCCAGCGGCAGCAUCGCCUCUGCCGCAGCCAACAGCCUCGUGGCGCCUCGUCCCACCGCUGCCACCAACUUGCCAAAGGCCAGCAACCACACCUCCUCCAAGAUCCCUCGCAACAAGGAGGAGUCGGCCGAGGACGUGAAGAUAUUCCAGGCGCCGCUGGUCGCGGCCUUCACCGUCCAGCAGGACGAGCGCGGCAUCCCCAAGAGCGUGGUACCGCUCUACAAGAGCUCCGCCAGCGGUCAGCCUCUGAGCCUCCAGGAGCAGCUGGACUUCAAGCAGAGGCUUCUCGAGAAGCAGCUGGCCCAGCUUCAGGCUCAGCAGAGCCAGCAGACCCAGUUCCUGCUGCGCCAACGCCAGGCCUACGAGGAGCAGCUCCGCCAGAAGCAGCAGCAGGACUACUUCCUCCAAGAGCAGAGGAGGUUCCACGAGCAGCAGCGGCUCCAGAGGGUCCAGCUGCAGCAGCAACAGCAGCAGCAGUUCAUCCAGCAACUGCCGAGGUUCCAGCAGCUGCCCCAGCCCCAGCAGCAGCAGACCUUCAAGGCGACGAACAACGUCCAGUUUCAGCCGAGUCUGAGCCUCGAGGUUCCCAGCGUCGGGCCUGCCCAGCCUUUCCAGCAGGGCCCAGUGCGCACCCCUCUCCAGCAGCAGCCUCAGCCCCAGUUCUUCCCUCCGCAGCAGCAGCAGCAGCAGGCACCGCUGGCGAGAUUCAACCGUCAGGAGGCCUUCAACUCCGUUGGCAACUUCGGCUUCAACAACAUCCAGCAGCAGUCCCAGCCGUCGUUCGUCAAGCAGAGAUCCCAGGAGCAGCAGAGCGAGGGCCCGUUCCGUCCACUCCGCCAGCAGUACAGACUCCAGCUCCAGUCGUCGCCUGGACAGAGCCCACCGCAGCACACGCCCGCCAGACAGAUCCAGGAGCUUCUCUACCAGUCCGGCAUCGCGAACGAUCUUCAGGGCGCUGGUACGCGACACCUCGAGGACAUCAACAUCGUGUCCAAGGUGCUGGCAUUGAACGUCGGCGCUCUGCCGGGCAAACACGGCUUCCAGCAGUUCUCCGGACUCAAGAAGAAGUGAAGUGCUGCAAGCUAUUGUGCAGGACUUGAUGACGAGUUUUCGAGCGAGUGAUUAUUCCACUCGCAUGCGAUGUACAUAUAGGUGCGGCGUCCUCGAGGAUUCCAAGCGUUCGGGACGUCCCUUCGCGAGAUAAUUUAUUCUCUUGCAUUAGUAGAUCCGCCGCUUUCUUCGCUCUGCGGAGGGACUUGCCGGACGGAUGGAUUUUGUUCUUUCUUAACUUUUUUCUUUCUUCUCAUUCUUUUACUUCUCUGAUGUAUAGCACCCUCGUAUUAAACGUUGUUCGCUUGAUUAGUCCGACCUUUCACGAGCUAUUUAUGACGCGUUCAUAAAAACACUUGAUGAAUAUACUUCUGUUAUACACUGUCGCGGUGAAUUAUUAUUAUUAUUAUUUAAGUGGAACUGUUAAUUUUGCGUGAGUCUAUAAGUAUAGUAGAGUGUAUCGCUAUUAUUAUUAUUAAUAUUAUUGUUUCGAACUUUAACAGUUUACAAGCAUGAACUUUUUUUUCUCUUAAAUGUAUAUUUAUACUUAUCCCAUGUACCUGUAAAAACAAAUGCCCAACUUUAUAUUUUGUUUUAAUAAAUAGUAUUAACACAAAACAAGCGACUCGUGCUUGCUUCUUUAUUUUUUUAAACUCCAAAAAAAACUUAAUAUCCUCAUUCGAAAGCACAUACAUACACCUCAGCGAGUACAAUUAUAAUAUACGCGAGUAAAGUAUACAAGACCGCAGCGCAGGAAAACCAGCGCAUCUCUCUGGCAACCCAUAUAUCGACAGAACAAACGACAUCAUUGUGUGCGCAUGCAGGGUCGGAGGUCCGGAAUUUUUCGUGCAUCUCGAAAAUGAUCUUACAACCGAGAGCGCGCGCGCGACUUUCGCCGUCUGCUUAAAGUCCCGUCGUGGCUCUCGUACAUGUAUAGAGGCGCAUCGUACAGGUAUAGAGGCGUGUAAUGAAAACGGUAUUGUAACAGCGCGCGUGGCGCGAAAUUGAAAUUGAACCUGUGCAUCGCGACCUCGAUUUCGUUUACGAGAUUUCUCCGCGCACGCAAGGGAUUUUAUGGUUUUUCAAUUUCGCACCGCUGCGUGUUUCUGCGUCUAUCGUCCUGACUGGCAGGUGUGAAAAUAGCGAGUUCGCGCGUCAAUUUUCUCUCAUUCUCAAAGUAGUACAUAGUAUGCGUGAGAAGUUUCACUUUUCGACUUUGGUACACGAAUUUAUGGUGCACUCUUGACGUAGAAACUAAGAACGUGUUAAAAGUGCGCGACCCAUUCUAAAAUAUGCAAAACAACUACAGUAAACAAAUUACGCAACGACUGUUUACGCACGCACACGCAAAACUCCACUCGGUCAUCCGCUUCAAAGCGACAACUUUCCUCUCCGCCUCGCAUCCUCAUUCAGAAGCAUCGCACACAUCGCUCCACAUCUCAACAUCCUCCUAACUACUUCUACAGGCGCCGUGAAUUAUAGCCGACAUUAAAUUAGCCGCUGAAAAAUAUCGGUAUAAUUCACGACGGCGAAUUAAAUAUGUUAAUUUAUUCUCCCUGACUAUGCACACUAUACACUCUUUCUCCUUAUCUUUCUCACGCCGAUGAUCGAUGACAUAAAGCGCGCGCUACCAGAUUUCCCGCGCCGCCAACGGGCUUCUUCACUUUCCUUUUUCUUUUCUCCGCGCGCGGCGCGAGCCGGAGGAGCAUUUUUGCCGGCGCUGAAAAAUUAUGAAAUUCUCGUGAAAGCCAUUGUUGUCGUCGUCGGCAGCGAUAUAUUGUCUUUUUUUUAAGGAGUCGAGCGCUUUCUUGGCGAAAAAAUGAACGGGACGCCGAAAGUUACGGUGAAGUAAUGCGAUCGCGAGAGACUCAGAGAUUGCUUUGCUGAAAAUGCUUCUGAACGAGAGGAGACUGACGUGUCGCUGUUGCGCAACGUGAAUUUUCUGAAAUUUAUAUAGAAAUCGCUGGGUAGAUUGAAUUUUGUUUUGCUCCGUAAGUAUAAGCACGACGUAUUCGGUGAUUUACGAGACUUUGCGCUGCUUUUAAUUCCGCGUUGCUUAGCUGUCGAGUACUAGAACAUAGAUCAAGAGCUAUAUGACAAAAAAUAUAUCUAUUGUGGCGCAACGAAUGCCAAAAAGUUGAUGGAUCCAGAUAUGCAUGUACAUUUUUUGUUUUGAAAUUAUAAAACUUUACUAGCGAUGAUAUAUUUCUAUUAAAAUAAUGAAAAUACAACAUCGAUCUAAUUAAAAACAAAAUGUUCAAUAUACCAUUGACAUGUUUUCGCUUAACAAAAUUUUCGCAAAUAUUUAACCUACAUUGUACAAUCAAAACACUGUGCUGACUUUUUCAUUACUUUCAGUUAAAUAAGCCUUUAGUGCGCAAAAUAUAGUGUGAAAAUGUGAAAAACUAUAUGUACUAUUUUACGAACUUUCAUUUCCAUUGAGCAAGAUUGUUUGAUUGGCCAU